AUGGCUGCACUGAGUUGUCUUUUGGACAGUGUCAGAAGGGACAUCAAGAAGGUGGACAGAGAACUGAGGCAGCUGAGAUGCAUCGACGAGCUGAGCGCACGAUGCCUGUGCGACCUGUACAUGCACCCAUAUUGCUGCUGUGACCUGCACCCCUACCCCUACUGCCUCUGCUACUCCAAGCGAGCGCGGUCCUGCGGCCUGUGCGACCUCUACCCGUGCUGCCUGUGCGACGUUAAGCUUUACUGUCUUCGCCCGUCUCUCAGAAGUUUGGAGAGGAAAGCCAUUAGAGCCAUAGAGGACGAGAAGAGAGAGCUUGCCAAACUGAGAAGAACAACAAAUAGAAUUCUGGCCUCCUCUUGCUGUAGCAGUAACAUUUUAGGAUCGGUGAACGUGUGCGGCUUCGAACCGGAUCAAGUCAAGGUUCGCGUGAAGGACGGAAAGGUGUGUGUGUCGGCCGAGCGCGAGAACAGAUAUGACUGCCUGGGGUCGAAAAAAUACAGCUACAUGAACAUCUGCAAAGAGUUCAGCUUGCCCCCGUGCGUGGACGAGAAGGACGUGACGUACUCCUACGGGCUCGGCAGCUGCGUCAAGAUCGAGUCUCCCUGCUACCCUUGCACGUCUCCCUGUAACCCCUGUAACCCCUGUAGCCCCUGCAGCCCCUGUAGCCCCUGUAACCCCUGUAGCCCCUGCGGCCCCUGUAACCCCUGUAACCCCUGUGACCCCUGUAACCCCUGUUAUCCUUGUGGGAGCCGGUUUUCCUGUAGGAAGAUGAUCUUGUAA